AUGCAAGAAGAAAUUGAUUUAAAACAAAGAUUAAUCAUUAAUGAUAAUUUUUAAAAUGACCUAAAAAUUAUCGACAAAGCUGGAUUAAAAAAUAUUUUUGAAAUUAAAGACCAUUCUUCCUACUAGAAGCCCUUAGAUUUAUUUAUGGUUUGUACAGGAUAAGAUGAUUAAGAUGGAGAACUUUAACCUUUGAAUGUUUACACUUAAGUGAUUUAACCAAAAGUAGAAUAUAAUUCUAACGAAUAACCCUACUAUGUCAACUUUGACGAAAAUUCAUACAGAAACAAUGGAAAUCUAAGAAGAAUUCAGGAACACGAUGGUUUGAUAGGGUAUUAUAGUAAAAAAAAGCAAGAAAAUGUUAUACAAAUGCUUGUUUGUGUGACUAUGUAUAGUGAAGAUAGACAUUUUCUAGAGCAAACUCUUCUUCAUAUUCAAAAAAAUCUAAAAGGAUUCAAAGAGCUUGGAGUAUCUGAUUUUCAAGUUGUUGUUGCUGUAAUAUAUGACGGUAUCAUGAAAACAAAAAAAGAAGUUGUUGACUUUUAUUUGGAACUUGAAAGAGAAGAUAACUUAGACGUACACAGAAACCUCAGACUUCGUAGAGAAGUUAUUUAAAAUUAAAUAGACUUUUUAGAUUUCUAAAAUUAAAGCUAUCUCUUAGAUGCAAACGAAGGCCUUCCUCCUACAAUCCCAUAACAAAUAUCUCUAUUGUAUUAAAAUAGAUUUUAAUUAAAGCUACAAGAUUAAAAUAACCGCAACUCCAAAGUCUAAAUUAUUAGCCCUUAAGAUGAUGAUUUUAAUUAAAAUGAACCAGCCUUAAUUGUAUUUUCUUUGUUCAAACAUAAAAAUGCUAAGAAACUAUCAUCUCAUUUAUGGUUUUUCGAAGGAUUAUGCAGAUAAACGAGACCUAAAUAUGUGUGUUUUGUCGAUGUUGGAACUUUGCCCUGUGAAUAUGGAAUUGUAUAAUUUUAUAAAGCUAUGGAAGGUAAUUUAAAUAUUGGAGGAGUAUGCGGCUUCUUAGGACUAGAAGAGCCACCUGAAGGUGAAUAAAACAAUGAAAAAAAUGAAUAAACUCAAUAUAUAAACAAGUAUUUAAAGCUCGCUCAAGUGUAUGAAUAUGCUACAGGACAUAUUAUAGACAAAAAUUUUGACUCUUUUUUAGGAUUUUUACAUGUCUUGCCUGGAGCAUGGUCAGCGUAUAGAUAUGAUGCACUAGAACUGAGAUAUGAUUAGAAAUCAAAUUUUAUGUAAGACAGCUAUUUCAAAUCCGUUUUGAACCCUGAUCUAUUGACUGAUGAUAUCAAGGAAGCCAAUAAAUUUUUGGCAGAAGAUAGAAUUCUAUGUUUGGGAAUAAUUUCUGCUAAAGGAUCAAAUUAUUAGUUGAAAUACCUUCCAGAUGCUUAUGCAGUAACUGACUCACCUGAAACUUUAGAAGAAUUCAUACACUAAAGAAGAAGAUGGACAAAUAGUAUGAUAUUUGCUCUUCACCAUGUCUUAAAGAACUACGAAUCAAGUACCAAAGAAAGUAGCCAUUCAGCUUGGUUUAGAAAGAUUAGACUACCAAUAAAUAUGUUCUUUGCUUAGCUUGGCUUGAUAAAUUAUAUCUUUUUACCUGCAUUUUUCUUAUUUAUGGUACUUUUGUCUGGCUACUAAUUCAACAUACCCUCAAAUUAAGUUGGAAAGGCAUUUUUAGAUGAAUAUAAUAUUUUAAAAAGCUGUGUUGCUAAUUACGAAUUGAAAGAAUUUGAAUAGAAUUGCAAUUCUGAUAAUGAAACGAAAUGUUUUAAGGAAUGUCAAACUGGCGAUCUAAAUAUCUUUUAAAAAAUUUUCAAUAUUUUUAUGAAGAUUUUCCCCUUCUUUGUAAUAAUUACUUUCAUACUAUUUAUGAUCAUUUGCCUAACUUUUAAGAUGAAAAAAUAAAAUUUCUCAGAGUUUUUAUAGCUCUUCAGAUAAGUAAUCACAGAAGAAGACAUGUAAAAAAUAGAAGAAUUCAAGGAACAGUUAAGGUAAAAGUAAGUGUAACCAAAAGAAAUAGAAACAGAAUCAAAUCAACUAUUACAAAAGUUAGGCGAAAAAAGACUAAAAGAGCUAAAGAUCCUUUUCGAAUUGAAAUAAUCUCAUAAGCUCCCAAGUGAUUUACAAAAGAUAAAAUCAACAUAUGACAAACUUUAUACUUAGAAGUAUUGUAAUAAGAUCUAUAAGAUAUUUGCUUCCCUAUUUUCUAUAGAAAGCUCUGUUUUAAUGAUAAUAAUUAGCUCAUAACUUUACAUAAACAUAUUUGCACCUGAAGUUUAUGUAGAUUUAGGAUUUAAUCUCUUACCUUCAUGGAUGAGAAGCUAUAUAAUUAUAAUUUUGAUUAUUAACACUGGUUUAUUCUUACUAAUUAUGUUUUUCCAUUUAAUUUUCUAACCGAAAUUAGUGCUGCUUGCUAUAAAAUCUUAUUUUUCUUAUGUUUUGUAUGCUCCUGUUUACUAAAUAUUUUUAACAAUCUAUUCGUUCUGCAAUUUAGACGAUGUGACAUGGGGUACAAAAGGGCUACAAAAUUCUUCUUAAAAUGAAAUUUUUGUAACUGAUAAGGUCAGAUAUGUAAAAUAUUGGAUCUGGAUUAACGCAGGUUUACUUUUAGCUUUUUUAUGUUCAAGCUUGAUACCUUUAGAUAAAACCCCUUAUGUAAUUAUUGGAAUAGGUAUUUAUGGUACUUGUUACAAUACUAUUAGAAUUACAGGAGGAAUCACGAAUUAUUUGAAAUAUUAUCUAUAUGACAAGCUAAAAAUCACAAAAAAUUUGAAAAAAAUAAAAGAAAACAAUAUUUAAUAACAGGAACAUUUAUAAAUGAAAUAUUUCUAAACAAUUAAAAACAGUAGAAGUUAAGUUAAUAAACCUUAAGAAUUCCUUGAAUCUUAUAAUAGUGAGGAUAGUGAGUAGUUAGUUUUUUCUAGAGCUAUCAGCGAUAAUAUUUAUCAAACUUAAUUAUAAUAAAAUUGUAACAAAGACAAAAUGCAUGAAAGUUGA